AUGUCUUUCAUCCUGGACGAGGCCAACCGCAUUGCGCACCUCUUCGACUACCCCGCCGAGCAGGUCCAUCGAGGGGUCGCUGAAUACAUUCAUCAGAUGGGUGAAGGGCUUACUCAGGAAAACACAACCCUGAGCCAGAUCCCUACCUUUGUGACAUCCGUACCAAAUGGUACUGAGAAGGGCCUCUAUCUCGCCGUCGACCUCGGUGGCACCAAUUUCCGUGUGUGCUCAAUUGACCUUCAUGGCGAUACGACAUUCUCAGUCACGCAGUCCAAGAUCAUGGUUCCUGGCGAGUUAAUGUCGGCAGAAAACUCAAAGGACCUCUUCGUGUUCUUGGCCCGGCAAAUCGAGGCCUUCCUACGCAUUCACCACAAUGAUCACUUUGAAACGCACCUCCAGCGUCGUCGCGAUGGCACUGCUACACAAGAAAUGUUUGAUCUUGGUUUCACAUUCAGUUUCCCCGUGCGCCAGUCGGGCAUCAACAAGGGCACUCUCAUCCGAUGGACAAAAGGCUACAACAUCCCCGAUGCUGUGGGCCAGGAUGUAUGCGCGCUGUUGCAAUCGGCAAUUGACGAACUAGAACUGCCGGUACGCGUCGCGGCGCUCGUUAACGACACCGUCGGAACUCUCAUGGCCCGGUCCUACACUUCGCCUGGGAAAACACGGACGUUGAUCGGUGCCAUCUUCGGCACAGGAACCAACGGGGCCUACUUGGAAAAGCUUGACCGGGUCACUAAGUUGGAGAAUGGUGAAUAUGGCAAAUACGACAAGUCGACGGGCGAGAUGCUUAUCAACACUGAAUGGGGAAGUUUCGAUAAUCAAUUGAGCGUGUUACCGAACACUAUUUACGACCAGCAGGUAGACGCAGACAGCAACAACCCAGGGAUUCAGAUGUUUGAAAAGCGUGUCUCGGGCAUGUUUCUGGGUGAGGUCCUGCGUCGGGUCUUGGUGGAAAUGCACCACAACCCAUCGGUCAACUUGUUCAAGCCCAACGAGACCUCUAAUGUCAUUACCCCUGACGACUCACCUCUAUUCAAGCAAUGGGGUAUCGACACCAGUCUUUUGAGCUUGGUUGAGACGGACAAGAGUGAGAACCGGGAGCACGUCAAGAAGGCAUUGAAAGACCACUUGAAGAUCGAAAAGGCCAGCAUCACAGAGUGCAAGGCUGUCCAGGUCAUCGGACACGCUAUUGCUACGCGCGCUGCCCGCCUGGGUGCUGUGCCUCUCGCUGCCAUUGCUGUCUCCACUGGGAGACUGCAGACCGACGAGAUGAUCGACGUCGGUGUUGAUGGAAGUCUCAUCGAGUUCUACCCCAACUUCGAGGGACACAUUCGUGAGGCAUUGAAGCAGAUCACUGAUGUGGGUCCUGAGGGUGAAAAGAAGAUUCGCAUUGGUAUCUCCAAGGACGGCAGCGGUGUUGGUGCUGCAUUGAUUGCUUUGGUUGCCGGUCGUGAAGUCGAAGCGAUGAAACGUCAAUGA